GACCUUUUCCAAGAUGGUUACAUAUUUUCGUAGUUUUAUCAAAGUGCGCGCUAUGAAAAUAACAAUUUCAAAUACGUUUCAGUUGUUAUGGGAACAUUUAUUAUUGUGCAGAACUUCACAACGUGACUAUCUGUUUUAACGUUUUAGAUAAUUAUUUAGUUAUUCAAUUUUUAAUUUCGCGAAUUGUGUAUUAAAAUACGAGAGUGUCGAUGUCGCCAAUAUAACGUUUUUCGUCCACGCGAUAUCGUUUCCUUCGUAUACGCGUUUAUUACGCAUUGUUUUGAUAUAGAUAAUUCUUGGUCGUUGUUGUUUUUUUUCUCGCGAAUUUUAUCAUUAUUCUUAGUUAUUUCGUCCUCGUGUUUCGCAGUUACCAUGUGUUUUAAUAUUUUCCAAUAUUUUAGUUAAAAGUAAUAAAUGUAGUUUAAUCGAAUAACACGCGAUGUGUGUAUUAAUGUGUGUGAACUCGUGGUGCAACGCCUAGUUUAGAGUUUUCACAUAGGACAUGCUGAUGUUCAACAUUGCAUUUGUUGAUACGUAUUAGAAAAGCCAACGUCACGAUGUCGUCAGUCGGAAGUGAAGGUAGCGAAAGCAGCAACUCUAGCAGAAUCGGAGAAAUCGUCAAGACUGGAUACCUGAAAAAAUUAAAAACUAUGAAAAAGAAAUUCUUCGUUUUACGAGCAGACUCGUCGAAUACUCAGGCGUGUUUAGAAUACUACGAUUCGGGCAAAAAAUGGAAAAAUAAUAAUCCUCCUAAAAGGAGAAUUAUUUUACGGAAUUGUUUCAACAUCAAUCGCCGAACGGAUACGAAACAUAAACACGUUAUCGCUCUGUUCACCGGUAACGAUUAUUUCGGAAUCGUUUUCGAUUGCGAAGAAGAUCUGCUCGAUUGGCUGAAAUUAUUUCUGAUGUAUCAGCAAGGAGAAGAUAUGAUGGAUUGCGGUGUCAUAAAGCCAUUUUAUGAACACGUAUGGAGAAUUACCAUGCAGAAGAAAGAACUAGCCAUCAAGCAUAAUCUACACGGAGUGUUUCUGCUCUGCUUGACCGAUUGUACGAUUUCUUUAGUGAAAAACGCCACCGAAGAAGAACAAGAAACGAAAUAUUACGAGUUUUCGUUACAAAGUAUUCGAAGAUGCGGUAAUUUAGAUUCGUUCGUCUAUAUGGAAUUAGGACAAGCGUCUAGUCUGGGCGCCGGUAAUUUAUGGAUGCAGGCUGAAGAUUCGAACACAGCUCAACAUAUGCAUACGAUUAUCAUGAACGCCUGUACCAAUUGCCCGAAGAAAGAACUUGGGCCGAAAUCGAGAAGUCGUUCGUCGUCCGCUAAUGAGGCGUCCAAACCUCGCAGAUGGCCCAGUAACGGAGAUGACACUCUGUCGAUAUUAUCUCAAUCGAAAAUGCAAUGCCAUUCGGAGCAUCAAACCCUCAGUCCGAAUUCUGUCAGCCAUUCUGUGUUAACGAUGGCGUGUAGCUUCCCUCUAAAUGGUAUCAGUCCUCAUUCGUUAUUUCACAGUAUACGUUCUUUAAAAAGACGUCGCCAUUCAGUGUCAGUUUCGUCGAUGGCAGACGGAAUUCAUCAUCAUCACCAUCAUCAUAAUCUUACGUCUGUCCCAUUCUCGCCUUAUCCUCCCAUCAGAAGGGCUAGUACUGGAACAAGACCAGUGACUUUGACUCCUGGUCCGGCUGCAUUGUUGUCAUCUGCUGCCAGAACAAAUUCAUCUUAUACUGGUCGAGAACGUUGCGAUAGUUUACCAACGAGGCCUAGAAUGACUUUAGAUACAUUGUCGCACGCUAGAAGUGGGAACACUGUGUCUCAUUUGACGCCUGUCAGCGGUAGACCUCAUUCGAUGUACACCAGAGGUGUUCUCUCACCUUCGGGAUGUUCGCAUCCUACUAGUCCUAUGUCAGCCACUUACUCGACUGAUUCAGCCGGAUCAUCUCUAUCGGUGGACGGUGAUAGUGAAAAUUGGUCCGAGAUGGAAAGCAGCACGUAUAUGAGGAAGAUCAUACUGGAAGAGAAUUCCGAAGACUACGUGCAAUGGGGAGGCAAUCAAAAUAAGAAUUUCUUAGCUGAAAACAUUCCUUAUACGAAUAACUCGUGUAGAAGUAUUAAAUCCAUUUGUCAUCACUCCAGUUCUAAUUCCCAAAGCUCUUGUAGUCCGUGCAGUUCGUCACCUCUAGAUGCAGCUGGAUAUCUUCCCAUGAGUCCCGAGUCGGUAGCUGAGAAUCGUACGCGGCAGCAAUUGAACAGAUCGUACGAUUCGGUUAAUCAUAGUCGAGAGAGCAGUAUUCACGAAGACUUGACUGAAGGCUACGUGCCGAUGGCUCCUUUAUCCGUCGAUACUGGCUAUUUAAGCAUGGAUCAGAGUAGUCGAAAACCAGGUGAUAUAUCUCCUGGACUAAGCAGCUGCUCAAUCACAUCCGGUACACCUUCAACGGAUGCCAGAUUAUCCGAAUUCCAUCUCGAUAAAGUAUCCUCGUAUUUGACUCCUUCUGACGAUGAUAUCAUAUUCAAUGUUCGACCAACUAGAGCAUACUCUACAGGCUCGAAGCCGGAUGUUAAUCAAAAUAAAUUUGUCAGAUGCGAUUCAGCGGACGGUCUACGCGUACGAGCAUUUUCAGUAGGCAGCCGAUACGUGGGCCACAAUAUGCCACCGACUCCGCGACGAACGCCCGCAUCGACCAGCACAUCGAGUAUCGAACCUUGCGACGAUCUGAUGGAGAUCGAUUUUAGCGCGAAUAAACUACGUCACCGGCAGCAUUUGCGAACGCGUACACAUCUGAGACACCAAGGCAGCCUGGGCAAUGGCGGCAACGGCAGCAAUGGCAGCAACGGAAUCGUGCACACGAGCAACGAAAAACUAACCGUGCCGCAUAACGCGGCCGCUUUCUCGUCGUCGACUGACUACAUGGAUAUGUCGCCGAAAUCGUCACCGAAGCUGGAAUCGUCGUCUUCUUUGUGCGAUUCGCGUCUUCAUUGUUCAUCCGAUUCGGCGAACGUAUCGCCUCCAAGACUGACUAAACACCUGAUGGGUAGAUCGGCGCCGAUCAGCGUCGGAUACUCGAGUAAACAGGUGUACGUUAAAGGCUCACCUUCGGCCAGCGGUUCCGGCGCUCUGGAGAAAGUCAUCGAGACCGAAUCGUCGCAGAGUAGUAAUUCGUCAUCGAAGCUGCGCCUGUCCGACGAUGAAAGCUCGUACAUGGAUAUGAAACCGGGCGUGUGCGAUGUGCCCGAUAAUGUCGGCGGCAGCGUCGUCGUCGCUCCCAAAGUCACUACUCCUGUCAUCGCUACCGCUACCGAUUUGCACGCUCGUAAAGAAAGUUUCACGAUACUGGAUCCGAGUAUUUGUCGUUCGGCUCCGGCCACCUGUACAACGCUGCCUCAUAUCAAACAACCGCUCAUCGAUACCGAAGGUAAACAGUUCAGAAACAACAGCAUCUCGACGCCGACCAGCGCCAGCUUAGGUGUCGCCACCGGUACUCCGGAGGGAUACAUGGAUAUGACGUUCAAAAGUCGACAACAGCCGACCAAAUCGAUACCUCGGAUACCGGAUAAGACGCCCGACGGAUACGUAGAUAUGUCGUUCAAAGGCGGUCGCAAGAAUCUGGUCGAUAGCAAUUCGACGAUGACGACGACGACGCCGGUAUCGUCUCGUCACUCGAACAAGUCAUCCGCAGAUACCAAAAAUCAUCAUAGCAACGCCUCUUGCUGUAGCGGCAAAGAGAACCAGAUGGUGGUCGAUCCUCGCCAGUCCUCCAAACCGAUCGCCAUCCAGCAAAAUAAAUGCAAACGAAGCAACAGCUCGGGGUUCUUUCGACGUAAACAGAGCGUCGACGAGACGAACAGCACGUCUACAAAACCGAAUUUCCUGCCUUUAGGCCUCUCCAUUCCUACGACGUUCGCCUCGCUGGGACGUAAAAGCAAGAAAACAGCCGCCGCGUUGUCGUCGAGUAGUAAAAAAGCCGAUAAAAUAGAAUCGCCGGCCGGAUCGAAUAGCGGUAUCAUGUUUCCACUCAGUCCCGACCGGACACCUUCGCUAGACUACGAUCCGAACUCAAAAUGCGCGAUUAGCGCAUCCGGCGAAAGUAUCAAGCUGACUGGUGGCGAUUACGAGAUACGAUCGUGCGAAAGAGUCGACCUAAUGGCGAACAACUGGGAUCACCAACGAGGUUCCUCAGCAGCUGCAGAAGAUGACGAACAUUCCGCGUACGCGAUCAUGACACCGGGUAUCGGAUUACUCCAAAGGAAGACCUCCGAACCAGCCUGCUUGAAUCAUCAUUAUAUUACCAACUCGAGAUCGCCUGCGAUCGGAUCCGCCAAAUAUCAUUCGCAUCAGCAGCACCAGCAACAACAACACCAGCAGCUGCUACAGAAUAGCAAAAGUUUACAUCGAAGUACCUCCGUACCUGCGGCCAUAUCGAAUAUUAAAAAUCGUAGUCCCUCGUUUUCGGAGCUGUGUUCGCGCAAAGAAUGCUGUCAUAGGGAGGAGAUGGACGAUAGAUCUGAUAUCAGCGGUUCCAGCAGUCGCACUCUUACCAACGAAUGCGAAACCAGCCAAAGAAUGGAUGUAGAUGUGACGGUCGGCUCGUCUUCGUCGUCGUCGUCGUGUGAAGCGAAACUAAACCUAGUCGAUGUUCCUAAAGCUUCCGCCAGCGAUUUGUCUGCCGUCAGGAUGAGAGAAAAAAUCACCUACGCCACGUUGGAUCUUCCACCGGCCGAACCAGACGAUAAUUCCAACAAAGAAGAUUCCGAAUCGUCGUCCAAUGCUAAGUUAUCAGAGAAAUCGAAAUUGACUUACGCUCAGAUCGACUUCGAAAAAGCCAGCAGUUCCUCUUUUAAUAAUAAUAAUAAUUAAUACUUUUAUCAAAGACGGUCCAUCGUUGUUUGAACUUUUUAUUUAAAAACUUCGAAUCGUCUAAAAAUAACUUAUUAUAAAAAACGAGAAAAAAAGAUGAAAAAAAAAACGAUAAUUAAUUUAUUUCUUCGUUUAAAAAAUUUGCAAUGCAAUUUUAUAACUUAUUUUGUAAAAUGUUUCGAAUUAUUGACUAAAAUUAGGACAGAUUUAUUUAUUCUUUUUUCUCUUCUUCUGUUGCUGCGUUAUUAUUUCUCCUUUUUUUCGUAUAUAUCGUUGGUGUAAAAAAUGUUACAUUUUUACGUGCUGUGCUUCGUUUUUUUCUUCUUUUUGUACCAGUGGUAUUGAAUUUUUUGGCAAGGGCCUGGUUUUAAGCAUUUAAGGAAUUGAUAAUUGAUUCGCUUUUACUCGCGAAAUAACGGCUUGCGUUUGUAAAAUGUAACGUUUUUUAACGAGUGUUUUUUCCUGUAUUUAGGCUAUUUUUAUCGUUAUUAGUAUUAUUAAAUUUUAGUAUUAUUAAAUUACGCUGUUGUUACUGUUAUCUUUAUUAACAUGUUGUACACCUCUUUUUUCUCUCGAUGAUUUUAGUCUUCUUUUUUUUUUCAAUGAAAAAUUCUGUACGUGAAUGGGAGUUAUCAAAAUAUUGUCUAGAACAUGUUAAAAUAUGUAUAAACGAUUUUGUGGUUUUUUUGUUUUUUUUUUAGAUAAAAAUAUGUAAUGGAAAAUUUUGUACGAAAAUCGUUUGGAAUUUUGGUUUUUGAGGGGAAUGUCUCGAUAGGUAAAUAGGUCAUUGUCCAUUUUUACAUUCCUAAUUUAAAUUUAUUUUAUUGUAUUGUUUUCGGUCUUGUGUUUUACUCCUUUUUUCUUUGUUGUUCGUAUCGUUCGUAAAUAUUGAGAAAAUUUUACGAAACGACGAAUCAUUGUUUUUUUCCUGAUGUUUUACAUUUUUUGAUAACGUGUUUUUUUGAUAAAAAAAAGUUUUAGAAAAAUUGUACCUAUUUUUGAAUGAAAUAAAUUUAAGCUAGAAAUUUUUUCUGUUUUUGUUUUUAAAAAAAAUCGCUUUAAAUUAGCAGCGCUAAUUAACUUUCUGUGUACUAUUUUUUUUUAUUACCCUAAUGCUCAAUAUGUUAUGUGAACUAUACCAAGGAUAUAUUCCAGUUUUUAAUUUAAUGACCCAUUUUAUAGAGUAACGGUUACCACUAAUGGCAGUUUUUUGCUUAGAGAAUAAUUUUUUUGUUAAUGUUGCAAAGAUAAAUUCUUCAUAAUAGUUAAUUUUGAACGAAUUUCAUGUAUUGUACCUAAUUUUUUCCUUUUACAUUAUUUUUCUUUUGUCGUCGUCUUAGAGAAUUUACUGUUUGGAAUUAUUAUUAUUAUUAUGAUAGGAUUCUUGAUAAUUUUAGUAAAUUUUAUACGCAAGUGUAGAGAUUUUUUUUGUUUGUUUUUUUGAUUUUUUUUCCUGUUUUGUUCGAUUUUUUUUUCUUUUGUUUUGUGGUAUUUUACUUUCAUAUUCAGUAUAAAUGUGGAAUUUUUUUUUCGUUUUUUCCUUUUCAUUUGUUUUGUAAGGUUAAGAUUUCUUUUUUUUUUCAACAGUUGAUAAUUUUUAUUAGAGAAUUUUUUUGUACACUUUUAUCAUGUUGUCAUUAAAAAAUAAGAGAUGGUAAUAUUUUGUAUGAGAUAAAUGGUCUAGAUAUGUAUAAUUGUUUCUUGCUUUAAACAUGAUUAAAAAAUUUUAAAAUUUA